AUGUCGGUGUCUAAUUCGUCGAUUCGAGAACUUAAUUCUUCCAAAAAUGAUUGGAAAAUUAAAGUACGCGUAUCAAGGCUUUUUGAUGUUUUGAACUUUCGAAAACAUAAUAGUUUGAUUAGUUUGGACAUGGUUUUAAUUGACGAAGUGGUCGAUUAUGUCCAUGCUUCAAUCAAAGGAAAAUUUGUCCAACAAUUUCGUUCAAAACUAAUUGAAGGCAAAGUUUACACAAUUCGAUAUUUUUCUGUUGUACCUAACAAGAAUGAAUAUCGUGUUGUGAGUGAUAACAAGAUAAUGAUACAAUUUUUUCAAAAUACAUCUGUUAAGGGCGUUGCAGAUAAUAAUAAAAUUCCGUUGCACAUAUUUGAUUUUGUUCAAUUGCAACAUUUAGAUAAGUUCUGUAGUAAUGCAACACUCCCUGAUGUGGUUGGUAUGGUUGUAAAAGAAAUUGGAGAUUCAAUUGAAAUAGAAGACAAAUGUGAGAAGUUAGAUAAUGCUACCAUUGGAAAACUUGAAAUUCAGCAUAUCAACAUUGGACCGGAAGAAAUCAACUCUAAAAAAGUUGAUAUCUUAAUACUUAUGAAUCAUGUUCAAAAAACUUUAGAAAAGGAUUUGAUCUUCUAUUGCAUUGCUAAAGUGGAUACAAUUAUGAGUGAAAAUAGUUGGUAUUAUAUCUCAUGCCCAGCAUGUAAAAGACGUAUCAGUCCAAGAAAAACAGAUUUUUGGUGCAUUCCUUGUGAGAAACAAAUUGAAAGGCCCAUCCCAAGAUAUCGAUUGGAGCUUAGUGUUAUCGAUCAUAGUGGGUCAACAAUAUUUGUAGUUUUUUAUGAAGAAGCUAAGAAACUGGUAGGACAAGAUGCAAGUACUCUUUUUGAGGCUCAUAUUUAUGAAAAGAUCAAUGAUCAUAAUGAUGAUGAUAAUGAUGAUGAUAAUGACAAUGAAGAUGAUGAUACACAAAUUCCAAAGAUGAUUGCAAAUAUCAUUGGAAGAGAGUUAGUGUUCAAAAAUAAAAAUGUCAUAAAAAAUAAUGAAGAUAUUUCAAAAGAUGAAGUUACAGUUGUUGAAGAAACCGCAAAACGCCUUUUUGAUAAUAUCGAUUCAACGGAAAAGAAUCAUGAUUCAUCCGACCAAAUCACAUCAAAGAAGAUAAAGGUUUAG